UUCAUAGCGUUGACUCUGGUGGAAAGAAUGAAGCCCCCCCCAGCAGCUCAAAUGUCACUAAUAGUACGGCAGCAGAUGAACUAGUAUCACCCUGGAUGGAAACCACCGUAGAAAUCCUUUUGACAACAGGUAAAUCUGAAGACUUAGUGUCACCAACGCUGAGAGACAAAACCGAUGACAGAGAUGCCUUGAAUUCUACCGACUUUGAGAAACUUCAUCCAAGCUUUGAAAAUGGAACAUCCCGUCUGACUGAGAACAGCACAAACCUGCAGGAACAUUUUUAUAACAAACUCCAACCUGAAUCACAGCUGUUUUAUAAAAAUGAAACCCAUCCUCCAUCUGAAGACUGGGACACUGGAAAUGUUACGCAGGGCGUUGAUAUAAUGGCCGAUGAAGUCGGUGCAAACAUGAACACCUCUAAUGGCAGCAGAGUCAUCACUGGAACAGGCUUCGAAGGAGGAACAGACAUCAUGGCGGAAAAAAAAGAAUCACCAACACUACCUUCAGAUAAUAUCACUACAGACACAUUUCAAACAGAUCCUGAACCAGAACCAGACUUGUUUUAUGAAGGAGACCACGUUGGGACUUUGAAUGACUCAGAGGCUGUAAACGUCAAAGAGGGGUGGAUAAACCCAUCAGGAGAACUACCAAUGAGAGAUUCAGCUAAUCUCACUAGAGAUGAUUUUAAAGCUUCUGAUUAUCAGAAUAACCUAAAUACAACAUUAACUUUGAAUCAUUCAGAGGCUGUAGAUGUUACAGAGGGAUGGAUAAACCCAGUAAUAGAACAACCAACAGAAGAUUCAGCAAUUAUUGACAGAGAUGCUUUCAAUGUUUCUCAGUCUUAUGAUUAUCCAGGGGAAAAAAUGAAACCUGAUCCAGAGCAAAGUGAGAAAUUUGAAGAAAAGGUGACUGGAAAUGAUUCAAACGCUCUACAUGUUACAGACGGACCAACGACAUUAUCAAAAGGUGCAGAUGAUGCCUUCAAUGACAGUAUUAUUGCUGAAACAGGCUUCAAAAAUGAACUACCAAUGAGAGAUUCAGCUAAUCUCACUAGAGAUGAUUUUAAAGCUUCUGAUUAUCAGAAUAACCUAAAUACAACAUUAACUUUGAAUAAUUCAGAGGCUAUAGAUGUUACAGAGGGAUGGAUAAACCCAGUAAUAGAACAACCAACAGAAGAUUCAGCAAUUAUUGACAGAGAUGCUUUCAAUGUUUCUCAGUCUUAUGAUUAUCCAGGGGAAAAAAUGAAACCUGAUCCAGAGCAAAGUGAGAAAUUUGAAGAAAAGGUGACUGGAAAUGAUUCAAACGCUCUACAUGUUACAGACGGACCAACGACAUUAUCAAAAGGUGCAGAUGAUGCCUUCAAUGACAGUAUUAUUGCUGAAACAGGCUUCAAAAAUGAAACACCAGCAGGGCAUUCAGCUAAUGACACCAGAGCCGCUCUAAAUAUUUAUGAGUUUUACAAUCCUUCAAAUAAAAAAAUAGAAUCAGAUGGAAAGACUGCGGUGCUGAACGACUUGGAUGCUGAAAACACAGCAACUCUGCCAAUGAAACCAUAUCCAGUGCCAACUGAAAACAGCCGAAGCAGCAAUAACUUUAUUAAUACAAUCAUGGAGAAAACCCCUGCAGAAAGUGAUUCAAGAGUUCCUGCUGUUAACUUCAAGGAAGCUUUGAAUUUGAAUGACUCUAAGAAUCAUCCACAGAGAAACAAGGAACCAGCUUCAGCUUCUUUUGACAACAGUCAGAGGAGGAAGGCUUCAAACAGCAGUGGACAUCUUGUAGACCAACCAAUGAAACGUGAAUGCAACAUUAAAGCCAUCAAGUGUUCAGAUAAGUCCACCAAAAUGCACAGCACGUACGGAGCAGUGAUGUUGGAUGCUUCACAGACUGGCGAUCGGAUCUGGGUGACAACACAUUUUUCAGGUUAUUUAUUCACAGUUUGACAUUUUCUUCACUCUAAAGAGGAAAUUUCAUGAAUUAAAAGAGAAACUUCUCCUUCACCAGGUAACAUUCUGAAGGAGUUUGAAAACAUUUCAGUGCCUCUGGAGAAAAGUCGCACAAUCCUAGAUCGCAGCACGUUCUUCCAAGGCUGCAGCCACAUCGUUUAUAACGGCUCAUUCUUCUUCCACAAAGGAGGAACAAACAAGCUUUUAAAGUUUACCUUGAAAACGAGGGAAACAACCACCCUGAUCAUACCAGACAGCAGAUAUAACCAACUGAGGUAUCUCUUCCACAACUCAAAGACUUAUUUCAAGUUCGCAGUGGAUGAAAAUGGUCUGUGGGUUAUCUUCGCCUCGAAUACUGACGAAAUAAUGGUUGCAAAGCUGGACCCAGACACUUUCUCUCUGCAGUCCAUAAUUAAAACCGCCUACCCCUCAGCUAAGGCUGGAAAUGCCUUCAUCGUGUGUGGGGUGCUGUACUUUACUGAUAGCAAAGACAAACGUGUGACGUAUGCCUUUGAUUUGAUGACACAGAGUGCUGUGGAUGCAAGUUUGGAUUUAGGCACAGGAAAAGAUGUCUUAGCUAUGCUGUCUUAUUAUCCCAAUAAAAGACUGCUGUACAUGUGGGACAGCAGCAGUGUGAGAACAUGCAGAGUUAGAUUCAAGAAAACCUAAAAAUAAUUUUUUUAAGCAGUUUAAAGAGAAAUUCUAUACUUUUGUAUUUAUUUUUUGUUUAUCCUCCUUUCUGUUGCUAUAAAUGUGUGAUUUUAUGAA